UGGUUUUCAAAACGAAUUCGAACGCUUAAGCGAACGGUUGUGUUUCCUCCCAAGCCCAAAAAAAAAACAAUAUUCAAAAAACAGUAAGAACUGAUACCUCAGAGAAAUCAACAAAAUACGUUACCGAAAAAAAGUGUAAUAAAAUAUACGAUCAAAGAAAACAUUUUUUUGUGGUGCAUCUUCAAAAGAAAACCGGUUGUUAAAUGCGCGCUGCAAUAAAGACAACAGCAAGAGUUAAACAACAAAUACCAUAAAAAAAGCAACGUUGCACAUUUUCUUCAGUGCAUUUCAAACUAUAAGGAGAAGAAUCAAAAAUUGAGGAAAAAUUAAGAAAAGAAUACUUAACCAAAAAACAAAAUGGCAUUCUCGAUUGUAAGCCGUAGCAUUUUGCGCACUUCGAGAGAAAUCCUGGAACGCAACAUGGCCGCAACUGUCGGCGUUUUGCAGCAGACCGCCUCCCCGCCCCCAAAUACGCCCGUUUCGCACAGUGAUUGUCAUCGCUAUUUUUUGGCAACUGGUGGUAAUAUUCAUGGACUAUUGUGGCAUCAAAUGCCAACAUCCAUGGUCCAGGCUGUCCGUCAAUAUUCUAAGAAAUCCGGCGGAGCAACCAAAUUGCGACGUGAGGUGGAAAGUGAUAGCGAUUCCGAUUCGGACGAUGAGUUCGAGCGACGUCGCCAGAAAACGGAUUCCAAACGCAGCGAACGGGGCGACUCAGCCUUCUGGCGUCGAAAAAUGCGUACUCUGCAUCGCAUUUUGGAUGUGAACCACGACGGCGUCGUGUCUUUCGACGACUUCAGUUUGCUGGCCAAACGCUUUAAUGAUCUAGGCCAUUUGACCCCGGAGGUCGCUGCCGAGUUCAACGAUGUGAUCAAACAUACAUGGGAGGAGCAGUUCGGGGAGAUAACCCCAUACAAUCUGGUGACUGCCGAGCAAUUUCUCACCGAUCUGCAUCAUCGUCUUAAUGAUAAAAAGAUGGCCAAGCGCAUCGGUCGCUUCCUGCCCUAUUUGUUUAAGGCUGUGGACUUUGAUCACACUGGCCAUUUAGAUCUCGAACAAUACAAGCUCUUCUUCCGCUGUCUGGGACUAACCGAAGACGAUGCUGCCGUUUCAUUCGCUGUGAUAGACAAGAACGGCGAUGGCCAAUUGUCGCUCAAGGAGUUUGUGCACUUGGGCCGUCAGUUCUUUUUAACCGAGGACGAUACUAAGAUAUCGAAAAUGUUCUGGGGACCGCUGGUGGCUGAUCAUUGACGGGGUGCAGUCACUGCUGUAGAUCACAAAACAUCCAAAACAAUAGCAACAAUAAUCCCACAAAAUUCAUACCACAAUCAAGAUUAUGAAAAUCAACAAGAGAACAGCGACCGAUGCCACAACAUCGGCAAUAAUAACACCAAUGAGCCAAUGCUAAAUACAUUAAAAACGACAACGAUGAUGGCCAAUAAUUAUAAUAAUAAAUUAGUGGCUAAAUCGUUGCCAACUCGCGUGCAGGCGGCAGGCGGCAGUUGGCUAAAUCUACAGCAUGUGGCGCCGCAUAAAUCGGGACCGAUGAUAACUACCAUUACGAAGACAGCCACACCAACCAUGAUCGUCAUAAGGAACAUGAGCAUUUACGACUAUUUACGGGAACAUUUGAGCAGUUCAAAGCGCCAGCGGUCGAACUUUGAACCCCAUCCAUCGCCUAGCAAUUGUCCCGCUUCCAAGUUGCGCAAGCAUAACUUUAGUAACUAUCAAAAGGAACGGGAAAGGGAGCAACGGUAUAAGGAUCAGCAUAAUAACAAUCAUCGAUCCAAGGGCAAACCAUCGAUGGAUGAUUACGAUAUAAGCUUCUUUUUCUACCUAAACUCGUUAAUUUUAUUCACAAUGUCGUGCAGCCGUCAAUCAGCUGCCGAGGGCGAUGACCUAAAGCAUUUUAUAUGCGACCGGAUCCGGAAAUUCGAUCGUCUUAGGCGUAAGGCAAGAAAGCGCCGAAAGCGACGUCCCAAACAGCUAAACGAGGAUCAAAUGCAUCUCUAAACUCGGAAAAAUAAAGCUUAUAAGAUACAUACUUUAACAUAUACACCGGUCACCCUAUUUACUAUAUAAUCGAUAAUUUUUUUGCCUAGUUAAGAGUUAUGUUUAACUGAUAUAUUACACAGCAAGCAUGAUAUAACAGAAUACAACUGAUUUUAAAAUGUACGUUUAAAAAAACCAAAA